AUGUUCCGCCCCGCCGCCGCCGCCCGCUCCCUCCUCCUCCGUCAUGCCUCCUCCUCCUCCUCCUCCAGCACCACCAGAACCGCACUGCUGCUCCGAAGGCCCGCCACAACACCCUCCAGCCGCCUCCUGAGCACCUCCUCCGCCGCGCCCAGCAAGAAACGCAGCACGCUCAAGGGCACGGCAACGAGGUGGGCCCUGGCUGCAGGAAUCGUCUACUGGUACACCACCUCCGCCGUCUUUGCCGACGAGCCUAAAUUCGAAGAAGAACGCCCCGCAGGCCCCACCGAAGCCGAAACCGACCGCGAAGGCGAAUCCGCCUCCCCGCGCGCCGCCGCCGACGAGCUCGAAGAAGAAGCCUCGCAGGAGGGCGCCUUCAACCCCGAGACGGGCGAGAUCAACUGGGACUGCCCGUGCCUCGGUGGCAUGGCGCAUGGCCCCUGCGGCGAGGAGUUUAAGGCUGCCUUUAGCUGCUUUGUGUUUUCGACCGAGGAGCCAAAGGGCGUGGAUUGUGUGGAUAGGUUUAAGGGCAUGCAGGCGUGCUUUCAGAAGCACCCAGAGAUCUACGGCUCCGAACUCGACGACGACGACGACGACGACCUAGACGCCGACACCGACGCCGACCCCACCUCCCCCGCCACCACCAUCCCCUCCACCGAUCCCCUCGCCGCCAAAUCCUCCCCAACCAACACCGGCCGCCCCGACCGCUCCGACUCCCUCUCCGCCUCUUCUUCCCCCGGCUCCGCCGCGUCAACCGGCUCCGUCCCCGCCCACACCGGCACCGCGCCCGCCACCAGCAGCAGCAGCGCCGCCGCCACCCGCGCCGCCGCCACCCGCGCCGCCGCCACCCGCGCCGCCGCCACCCGCGCCGCCGCACCACCAGCAGAGGUGACAGAGCGCAAGACUACACCAAGUCUCGCGGAGCCGAGCUCGUCGGUGCCGGAGACGCCGGUGCUGCAGGGUGCGCAUCGGGGGGAUGCGAAGGCGCGGUCGGUCAGUGAUCCGCCGACGGAGAGGGAGAAGGCGGUGGCGGAGGAGGAUGCACCGCGGAGGAAAUAG